AUGGAUGUGGAAAGUUAUCUGGUGUCCGACUCAGAAGAAUUGUCAAACGAUGAAGUUCUUGUAUUGUAUGACCCAAAUUUGAUUCCAACGGAGCCACCAAGAUCUGUGGACGAUCUACAACCCGAAAGUCCUGUACUAACGAAGGAAACUGAUAUUCGAUCUGAACCAUUAGAGGUUGUUUCUAUACCGAAUAAUCUAGACGAGACCAGUACAAUUCAAGAUGAUCAAACUGUUGAUAGAUUUGUGAAUAAUGGGGGAAGGAUCUUAAGGAAAAGGACAGCAAUCCAAAAGUUACCUUAUAGUUUAGAGAGAAUAAAGCACAGACAACAGUUGCAGGGCUUCGAUGUAUCAAAUUUUGAGACUGUAUCUAAUAAGGUCAAACUUCCUCCUCCUACUGACUUACAGCCUAAUGAUGGUACAUCAGGAGUGGUAAUGAGGGAUACUCUAAUAGGUGAUUCUCCCUAUAUAAGCGGCGGUGAUGAUGAUGGUAGUGAUUUUUCAGAUAACGCCAGUGAAGAUCUUACAUUGGAUCUUCAGGAAGCUGUCUCACAACUUAAUUCUUUUGAUGACGAUAAUGAUGAUGACUUGCAAGAUAUUAUAUUUAGAGGAAAGCAUAUCAACAUGAAAACAGGAUAUCGUGGUAUACUACCUAGAAGUGCUUGGGAAAGAGAAUUAAAGAAGAACGGCAAACAAAGGGAAGUACAUAAGCGUAAAAACUCCACUCAGCCGUUCCAUAAAGGUGUGGCAAUUAAAAAGAAACAUUCUGGUGAUAAGAAAAAACAGGAUGAUCUUUUACUAUCUGAAAUGGCUAUUAUUGAUGACGAUACAGAGGAUGAUGUAGGAGCAUAUCUACAAGAAAAUACGGUUCAUGUUGAUCAAAAGGAAUUAGAAAGAUUUGAUAAUUAUUAUCGUCAAAAUUAUAAUGGAGAUGGCUCUAUUUCGGACAAAGUACAUAAACAACAGCACUUCAUACAUGAUAAUGCCAUAAAUAAUAUUCCGAGAAUCAAUGAAAUCAUUGACAUUGAUUCUGAUGGAUUUAUGAGUGACCCAGAUGUUGAAUUGAUGACUGACUAUGAGAGCGAAGGCGAUGUUAUACCAACUAACGUAGCAGAAGAAGAUAAUGGAGGUAUUGUAAAUGCAAUGUUAACUAAAUCAAUUAAGAAAAGGCCAGGAUCUAGAUUUAACGGAACUAGAAUAGGGUCAAAGAAGGGUAGUAAAAUAUCAAGACCUAUAUAUAGGAAGAGAAGAUCACAGCCAAAGAUACGUAAUAAGAUAAUAUCACGCCCGAGGCCUAGAGAUGGAGUUACAAAAACUUUGAGUAUUGCUGAAGGGAUGACUUCAAAAGAUCCUGGUGGGGCUACUGAAAAGAAAGAUAAUGGAAAGGAGAGGACAAAGAGGUACAAAAGACCAACUAAUAGUGGAAAUUCAUUUCUAACAGUAGUUGAGGCCCUGGGGAACAAAUACUCUGCAGUAACACAUAAAGGAGCUGGUGUAGUAUCAGAUCUACCCAAUUACGAAAUGGAGGCUGUAGGUAAUGAGACUGGACUGCCUAUUUUGGACAUCCUUUUGGAUAAUAAGUUAUUCGAACCCCCUGGUACUGUUAUACUAAAGCUAUCUAAUAAAAAAUUUGUACUCUCAAGGUAUAACUUGGCUGAUGUUCCAGAAACCUUAGUAAAGAUCUUUGGAACUAUUGUCAAUGAAGGUGUAAGUGAUAUGGAAUUGUUGGAAACAAAUAAACUUAUAACAGAAUUUAUAUUUCAUCUCAAUGAUGUAUCAUUGUUAUUACUUGUACAAAGGUUCCACAGAGAAUUUAGAAGUAGAGUUUACUCAGUCCUAAAAAAGGCAAAGGCUAUCCAUUUCUAUGAACUUGCUGUCUGUCAACUUCUUUUACUUGAAAUAUCCCAAUAUACAAACACUCCAAAUGUUACAAAGCAAAAAGUAGGAGACGAUGUUAUAAAUAAUACGGUGGCAUUUUUUAUUCUUCUUUCUGAUUGCUACACUACAGUGAAGAAUGAAAAUAUUGACUUGUUAUAUCAAAGUUAUGAUAUAUUGGCUACAGUCAUUGAUAUUUUCAAUUUGAAAGAUAAGCUAUGGGAUAAUUUUAAUAAGAAAAAGCUUCCAGCCCAGAUAUUGCAAGUUAUUACUGCAAUUUUCCCAAUUCAACAUGCUAAUUGGGAAGCGCUCGAUAUUCAACCAACCUAUACCGAGUUAAUGAACACAUUUAAGUUCAUCAAAUAUUGCAGAAAGGUAUGUAAGUGGGAAAUAUCUGACAAAAUUGUGCUGACUCUAAAUGAUAUAUUUAAGAGGAGACGAUUCCAAGAUUUCUAUGAGGAGAAGGUUACUUCAGAAAGGAAUUAUGUAAUAGGAUCAUCGAAUAAAAAAUUGCCUGUGGGAACCUUAUUUAACAAGUACUUGACAGUACUGAGGGGUUGCAGUUUGUCACUAACAAUGUCCGAAAAAAUUAUGCCAAUUGGGGAAAUAUCAAUGACUGACGAUGAUUCCAUCAUAAUUAAUAGGAUGAAUUUACUGAUUGUUUUAGCAAGUGAGGCAAAAUUUAACCUAGAUCAAAGGUUAUGGAAUCUUAUUGAACCUUUAAUACCUGACAAGAAAUCCAAUGUUGAAAAGUCUGUUAUCCAUAAAAGAAGAACGGCCGGUAUCCUAAACGCUAUUUUAGCAUUUUUGAAAAUAAAUGCUUCAAAAAAAUAUCCAUUUCGAUUAAAGAAUGUAAUAUCUCGAACAUACAGUUCAAUUGUAAUGAAUUACCCAGAUCAGAAUGAAAAAUGGAAUAUAUUUCUGAAAUCAUUGGACAGAAAUUUCGAUCUAAUUGGGAAAAGUAAAUUUCUAGUUCUAAAGGAUUUGGGAGACCUUUUGCAGCAUUAUUUAAAUACUACACAACACAAUGAUUGUGCAAAUGUAAUAAUUAAAAUGAUAGUUAAAAAUUUGAUGAUGGUCAAAGUAGGCUGGCUUCAGAAAACUAUUCUACCUGUAAUUAAAAAUAGAGCAGAAAUGUCAAUAGAUUGGAUUGGAUAUUAUUGUAAAAUUGCUAAGCAUCUUAUAGACCACAAGUUGAUCACUUGGUGGGCAUUUUAUACAUAUCAAGGGUUGAAUGGACAACAAGAAAUUCAGGUUGCAUUCAAUUUAAAGGUUGUGGAUAUGUGUGACAACAGUUCGUUUAGUAAUCUCAGGGAGAGUUUUUUUAAGUUAGCAACGAAACUGUUCCUAAAAGACCAAGGUAUUGUCUAUAGGACGUUCUUGACCCAAUUGUUUAAGAGGGACACUUCUAUUAUUUUUGAUGUGUUUUUAGCUCAAAACUCUAAUAAUAGUACUUUUAGUAGCGUGAAAAUUUAUUUUUCAGCAUUAAAGAGGCAUAACUACACGAUCCAAAUGAUAGAGGUGAUUGACCAAAUUGAGAAAAUGUAUACCGAAAAAUUAAUAACAAGUAGCGUUGCCCUUGAGAUUACUACCUAUUUAAAUGAACGAUAUGCGGACGAAAUUAAGAGCAGUCAUUCAUUCGUUAUGUUAAAGCGACAUCUGCAUAUCUCAGACAUAUACACUGAAAGAAGUUUGUUUAGAGACACUUUUAAAUCGUAUACUGAGAUUAAUGACAAGAUAUUUUUCUUGGAGAAAAGUAUUGUAGAAUCUCUCUCAACUCCUGAGGAGACACUAAAUACGAGGAGCAAGCUAGGAACAUUAUUUGACCUACCAAGAUCAGGAACUACUUUGAAAAUUUUCAAAGAACUGAUUGAACAAAAUAUGAACAUUGAGAGUUCGGAUUUGUUGAAUUUGGCAAGUCACAUAAUUUCUGCUUUACUAGAAGUGAUUAACUCAACCUUGAAAAAAAGAUUUUACCAGAUAGAUCGAACUGAAAUAUACGAACUUACCGAGCUGUGCAGGCAUUUAACCAUAAAAUAUAAAAUGUCUCCCCUCAAUUUCUUUGAUUAUCCACACGUUGAAAUCCAAGUGCAACAACUUUUAUCCGCUUUAUUGAAAAGCACUGAAAGUUUAUCCGAAUAUGAUUUCAUUGUUGAAAUUUGUAAGUCAUACUGUCACACACUAAAAAUUACAAUUCCGGAAACCAACAUACCAGAAAGACGACUUAUUGAAUUUUUAGAAAAGCAAAAUAAAUAUAUCAAAGGCUAUAAAGAAUUGGACUACGAUACAGAUAAGAACAAGCAUUUGAAGCUUGUGCCUCUGUAUCAUGAAAGAGAAGAGUAUUUAUAA